GUCAAUACUUGAACACAGACAAACACAAGGAAGCGCAUCCACUAACAGAAAAUGCCGGAACACUUUAACAGGAUGUUCCUACUCAUGUUGGUACAGAUGUGUAGUUUUAUGUUCAUAUUGUUCAUUCUACCAUACAAUACAUCAUUCCAACAAGUUCUUUAUCCCAAACCAACAUCAGACACGAGGAAAAGAAUAAGCAUAUCCAAUUUUACACUUAUAUCAGAAGGAAAACAUGGAGAGGAUGAAAUAAAUGAAAAUGAACAAAAGACAUACAAUAACGAACGUGAGACAGCAAUGCAAGCGCAUAAUACAGAAUUAGAGCCAAUUCAAGAUUUUGAAACGCCUUCAUCAUCAAAGAAUUAUCUGAAUAGAGCUGCAAAUACACUAAAACAAUACCUGAACAUGGAGAUAAUCCAAACAACAUCAUUUUACAGAGAUAUUUCAAAAAUAUCCAGGAAAUGGAAGCAAAAAGAUAUUAUCA